UAAAGGCCUUAUAAUCCUGAUCUACACUCCAGACCAGCUGGUGGCGGUAAUGCCCCAUAGAGUUGUUUGCCAACCGUAAUAAAACUCCAACGAAGAAGAAGAAGAAACCGAAGAGGAAGAAGUAGAAGAAGAAGACAUCAACAACACAGACAGUGGAACUAUGGCAGACGACAAGGGCCCUCUGGGCCAGCUCAAGGACCUGGUGGAGCUGAAGGACCAGCUGGAGGACAUUCAGAGACGGAUGGAGGAUGAGAUACAGGCUGGGGUUCCUCCAGGAGGCAGUCUGCUGGCCUCUCCUUUCCUGAAGGGUUUUCUGGCCGGGUACGUUGUUGCAAGGCUACGCUCUUCAGCGUUGAUGGGUGUUGUCAUAGGGACGUGUACGGGAAUCUAUGCAGCACAAAGUUACGCCGUUCCCAACAUUGAAACCACCGUCAAAGACUACAUACGCAACUUAAAAGGAGGACCCAAAUGAGAAGAGAGGAAGAAAAGUAAGAAGGAGAGAGGAGGAAGAGGAAGAGGAAGAGGAGGAGGAGGAGGAGGAGAGAUGUCUUCAAACAGAGGGCGUCACCACAGCUGCAUAUGGGAACAGAUAUGUGUUUCAAAAGUUCAAAACUUUUCAGUAGUUAUUAUUUUCACCUUCCAGAUGGAUGAGUAAAUAGGAAGUUUCAAACUUAUGGAGUAAGGUGAAACAGUGAUUAUUUUAAUAUUUCUUUUGAUUCAGGUGAUCAUCUGAACUCUUGCUACAUACGUGUGGGGGACUGGCAUACAUUUUGUAAUACAUUUAGCAUAUUAGCAGCAGGUGGAAAGGAUUACAGUACAGUUAAUUUAAACACAGGAGACCCCACAUUUCUUUCCAUUGUGGUCAAUGAUUGAAAUUUAGACUGCUACCUAUAAGUAUAUCAUUAUACCUGCCAUAACUGAUUUCUGUCCUCAACCCUAUCCAUUUCUGAAGAUUUAUUGAUAAAUAAUGAGACCAACCAAUAUCCACAGGCAGGCCAGCUGUGCUGGCUAUUUCCUCCCCUUUCUUAAGGAGGUUCACUACAGAGAAACACACCACAUCUCUUUUGCUGUCCAAAUAGAUCUAGAAUAGUAUUGCGUCUCUCCAAGAGGAAGUGUGUCAUCUUCUGCCGUCUAGUGGUUAAUAAUCAACAAUAGCAGCCUUUAGUAUUUGCACUUUUUUUGCUCAGGGGGUGAUAAAGCAUGGAAAAAUGGUCUCACCUCACAAUCAUGGUGCUCUUCAGUGUAAAACCUGUCAAUACCCUUCCUGUUUGCAAGUCUGUGUUGUGGUGUGAUGCGUCUUUGCAGGACAACACACCUCUCUAUGUGGUUAUAGGUCAAUUUUUCACUUUGUACACCAUUUUUAUUUUUGAAUUAUAGGCAUAUAAUCUCUACAUCUUUGUAGAGGUUCAUGGAAAAUAACCUGUGAUUCCAAAAUUUGACACACUUGAUUCAAAACUACUAAAUAUUUCUCUAUAUAUUCCACUUCACACUGCUUAAAGGAGCAGUGUGUAGGAUUUGGCGGCACCUAGCAGUAAGGUUGUAGAUUGCAACCAACUGAAACUUGUCCCGUGUGCCAAGUGUGUAGGAGAAAUAGGGUAACCAAUGCAAACAUGUGAAUGUCCCUAUCUAGAGCCAGUGUUUGGUUUGUCCAUUCUGGGCUACUGUAGAAACAUGGCGGCCGGCUCCGUGAAGAGAGGACCCGCUCCCUACGUAGAUAUAAACGGCUCAUUCUAAGGUAACAAAAACACAACGGUUCUUAAUUUCAGGUGAUUAUACACUAAAGAAAACAUACAUAUUAAUAUCAUAUUCCAUUUCUGCCAAUAGAUCCGCCCUAAAUGCUAAAAACACUGUUCCUUUUUUUAAAAGGUCAGACUUCAGCCUGUCCUGCAUACACCAAAGUGAAAUUCUUGUUUAAAGAUGUAGCUUUAAUUGCCCUUGGGGUUUUAACGAAACAGGAAAAAUGUGUAUUAAAGUAUUUUAUGAAAAAUAUAUAUAUAUUAUGAAGAGUGCCUACUCUGGUCUGGACUUGAUAUUAUCAUCUCAUGCCAUUUUGUGCAAUAGCCUUUCCUGAUGGGGUUUGGCUGCCUAUUUUCAUAUGCUGGAAACUAGUUGAUCUUUUGCACUUGUGUGAAUUUUAGGGAUUUAAAGUCGUUACUUUGUCUUUCAACAAUCAAUGGUUUUGUUUUUGGUCCAAGACAUAUCAAAACCUGUCAAAGAAAAUCAGUGAUAUAGUGACAUGUUUACUUAAAUGUAGUGUCUGCAGCAUGCUUUGAUGAGUUGGAUGUACUGAAAGGUGUCUUUUUUUUUUGAGGAAGAUAGAUUUUAACUGUAAAAUGGACAAGUGACAAUAUUACAGCCAUUCAUUUGGCUUGACAGAUAUUUCACUUCGCUGGAUUAACCUGAAAAUGUACACAUUUUUGUUAAGUUAUGAUUUAAACCCACAUAUAGGAGGUGUUUUUUUUUCACAUGACCCCCAGGUACUGUAUUGCUGCCAUUGAAAUUGCUGCCAACGCACAAUGUUUAUGUACACAGUCAGGCCUGUAACAGCUAUUAGACAAAAAAAAAGCCACAUUUGAGUUCAGAUUGAUGUUGUGCUCCGUUUAGUUUUGACUUUGACUGGAACGUAUAUUAGAAACCUACUGUAUAGGUGUUGUAUGUUUGAGAACUGGAACACAGAAACAACUUGUGCCUAUUGACAAUCAUUAUGUUGUUGUCUUUAUAUAUUGCAUGCUCUUACUUUCUUAUUUUCCCCGUCUAUAAUGUUUUUGCAUGUUUUUCUCUUGCUUUACUUUGCUUUAAACACUCGACAUGCUGUGGAAAAUAGAAUAUGACAGGUCAGUCGAUGGUGCUUUGUUUCACUGGCUAAUCAUGUCGUCAUGGGGUUUUCACUCAGUUUGAAAUUCCCUUGUGAUAUUGUCAAAGAAAACCACCGGAACUGUCUUUUAAGAGUUUUAUUUUGGGUUGGUCAAAUAAAUGGAGAAAAUACAGUUUA